UACUGGAGAGAGUUUUUUUUUUCUCUGGAGCCAUGUUUCGCUUUGUGGUCCAGUCCGGCAGGUGGCGAUAAUGCAGCUUAAAGCUGGUGACUCAAAAGAAGAACCGUUUGUUUAUCAACCGUCACAUAAACAACAGCGAAGAAGAGCGAAUGGAGCCAGCGCUAGCAGAAGCUGACCGGAAUAUAGGCUGAACGAUGCUGGACACAGAGCACAGGGACCUGACGAACAUACGUCUGAAAGAACUAUGUUUCGGUGCUGUCAGGAAACAUUUUGCUGCUCUGGGCACCGAGGCUGUUCUCGAUCUUCCAACGCCUCUCAUGAAAGAGCUUCUUCCUCACCUGACUAUAUGUCAACUAGAUGAACUCCAACCUGUGCUAAACCAGAAAGGGAUAUCCACUCACUCUGAGUGGGUUAGAGUCCUACAGGACAUGUAUGGACCAAACCAUGUGAUAGACUUGCAUUCAGAAGAAGAGGCCAAGCAUGAAGUUAUGAGAAUACUUUUUCCACUUGUAUUCUAUGGCUUCACAAACUCCUAUGUCAAAAGAAACAUCAGACAUUUAAGCAGCCCAACUUUCCUGUGGGCUGCAGCUAAAUGUAUCCAACACUUUUUACUUGUUACCAGCUUGCAUAAGCCCCUUCAGAGUUUAACUGCUGAGCAUUGGCCUCUUCUGAACCUGUUGGAGAAGCAUAUUAAGAGUGUCGGUGUAUCGCAACCUAUUGAUCUAUCAAAGAGGACGACACAAAGAGGGUUGUAUGUCCUCCAUCGCCUGCUUGACCAUGGGGUGGCUACAAAACUUGUUGUGCAUGUGCAGUGUCCCAUUGUCCUGGCCUGGCUCCUACAUCAAAGGGGAUCUCAGUAUGUAAACCUGGAACUGAAGACACUAAUGCACUGCAGAAAGGCAAGCUGGGUUUCACGAGCCACUACAGUCAGAACAGAUGGGGCCAGUUGCAGUCCAGGUCUUGAGACAGAGGAUGAUCAGGGUGACCAAGUUAUUCCUUGCAAAAGCUCAAAGCUGGACUCAGUAUCUGUGGUGGAGGAUGAAUCUGGAAAGGAAAACUCUAUUGUGGACCCACAAGUUCUUUGUCGAACCUUUACGCCAUGUGAUGACCUCACAGCAGAACCCUGUCCGUGGGGACAGAUCACUUGUCUGAAGAUCACACAAUGUGGACCUGACUGUCUUGAAGUCCUGUACUCUGCCCUACCCACAUUUUUCUGCCUUCACUCCCUAAGUCUUCACAGCACUUUGACCUUCAGGUACUCAGAUGUUUUGGGCCUGGCCGGAGCCCUGAAGCAGCUGUCUGACAGCUCCUGCAGCUCCCUCACUGAUCUGUGCGUCAGCAUCCUGCCAAACACCAACCUCCUGGAGAUCCUGCUGGAUGCAAGCCCCACUGUGACAUCCCUACACGUGGAGAUCCACACUGUGAUGUUCGAGCCAUGCUUCUUACCACUUCAUCCCAGGACCGCUGAGUCAGACAUGCCAGCAGUACUGCUCCUUGAGAAGCUGAAGGUCAAAGUAGCUGAGGUCCAAACAGAUCUGCAUUUCAUGACAUCUGUGCUGAGGCGCUCUCCACAUCUCACCUCACUUCACGUAGCUGGGAUAAGAUUACCCACCGGCUUCUCUCAAAGCCAACUCCUCACCACCCUCUCUGUGUCAAAUCCCUGUUUGAAGACUCUCAACUUGGAGGACAUGAAACUGUGUGAUUGCCUCCCUGAUGUUCUGAAUCUACUGGGAGAUUGCAAGUUAAAAGAGCUGCAUUUGAAUGACUGCCGCCUUCUUGAGAAGUGUACUGACAAAGAAGAGACACUGCAGCAGCUGGUGGGCGCUCUGAAGACAGUGGCUUCUCUCCACACACUAAGCCUGGCUCAGAAUCGGCUGGCCAAGCAUGUGUGUGCCCUGGCAGAGCUAUUCUCAGGAUCCUCACCAAGCUCAGUGAAACGACUCGACAUCAGCUCCAACUUCAUUCAGCCUGCUGAGCUGCUGGAGUUUGCUAAGAGAUUGGAGACACAUCGCCCCCCACACCAGCUGACCCUUGACCUCAGGAAGAACCCCGGGGAUCGAGACCCUGACACGUGGAACACUGCAUUGAAGAGGCUUCGUCCUUUCAGCGUUCUGCUGGUUGAAGGAUGGAAAUCCACUGACACAAUGGUGGACCACAUUAGUAAUAUGUGAACAGAGCUGGGGAAGAAUCCCAGUAUCCAAAGCUGGCUUGUAAGAAGUUAUUACUUGAAAGUUUGGAACUUUUUAAAAAAAUGUAUCUCAGAAGAGUGACUGUGAUCAGUUUUAGUACAGUUACAGAUUCCAAUGACAGGUUUUCCUCAAAACAUAAAAAACCGUACCUUCAGUAUCUGCCACUUUUUUUCUGUACGGGUGACAAUCUGUCAGUUUACACAACACUGCUGGGAAUGAGGAUGGGCAGCAGACACAUGGUUUUGCAAGUUCAAAGGACAUGUGAGAAUGUGGAUAGUUCUGCAUUGUAGCUUUUUAGUAGUGACCUAUUCUCUGUGUGUGCAGGUUCACAGGAAAAUAAAAGCACAUCCAAUGUUAGUAUGACAUUUGAAUAAUUUAUUAAACCAACAUUUGUUACA